ACUAUACUUAUUGUUUUAUAAGAGUUGCUUUAUCAUUCUUGAAAUUUUUGUGUGCCCAUGUUGAUGAUCUUUAGAUAUGUGCUUAUUUUUUCUACUCAAUUUAUGUUUUGCUUACUCAUGUUCAUUGUCAUUAAGGAUGGCCGAGCCACUUUGUAGAUACGUAGAGAGUGAUCGUCCAUUUUUGGGGAUUUGCCUUGGACUUCAAUUAUUGUUCGAGUACAGUGAAGAGAAUGGUCCAGUAAAAGGUCUUGGUUUGAUACCUGGUGUUGUUGGACGUUUUGAUUCAUCAAAUGGUCUCAGAGUACCUCAUAUUGGUUGGAAUGCUUUGCAAACCACCAAAGACACUGAAAUUUUGGAUGAUGUUGGAGGGCGUCAUGUCUAUUUUGUUCAUUCCUAUCGUGUGAUGCCUUCAGAUGCUAACAACGAGUGGAUUUCAUCAAUAUGUAAUUAUGGUGAUAGCUUUAUUUCGUCUAUAACAAGGGGUAAUGUGCAUGCUGUCCAGUUUCAUCCGGAAAAGAGUGGAGAUGUCGGGAUUUCCAUAUUAAAGAAAUUUCUUGACCCCUCUUCAUCUUCAAAGACAAAGAAAUCAGCUAUUGGUAAAGCAUCACGACUGGCAAAGCGAGUGAUUGCAUGUCUUGAUGUGAGGGCAAAUGAUAAAGGGGAUCUUGUAGUCACAAAAGGGGACCAGUAUGAUGUAAGAGAACAGUCAAAUGAGAAAGAGGUUAGAAACCUUGGCAAGCCAGUGGAUCUAGCAGGUCAGUAUUAUAAGGAUGGUGCUGAUGAGGUUAGUUUUUUAAACAUAACUGGUUUCCGUGACUUUCCCUUGGGAGAUUUGCCGAUGUUACAGAAGAUAUUGCGCUACACUUCGGAAAAUGUUUUUGUACCACUAACAGUUGGUGGUGGGAUACGAGACUUCACAGAUGGAAAUGGAAGAUACUAUUCGAGCUUGGAAGUGGCAUCUGAAUAUUUUAGAUCGGGUGCAGAUAAGAUAUCAAUUGGAAGUGAUGCAGUUUAUGCUGCAGAAGAGUAUUUAAGAACUGGAGUGAAGACCGGGAAAACCAGCUUGGAGCAGAUUUCUCGUGUUUAUGGGAACCAGGCAGUAGUUGUGAGCAUUGACCCUCGGAGAGUCUAUGUUAGGAGCCCUGAUGAUGUUGAAUUUAAGACCAUUAAGGUUUCUUCCCCAGGUCCCUCAGGUGAAGAGUACGCAUGGUAUCAGUGCACAGUCAAUGGUGGACGUGAGGUUCGGCCUAUUGGAGCUUUUGAACUUGCAAAAGCUGUUGAAGAACUUGGAGCUGGAGAAAUACUAUUAAACUGCAUAGACUGUGAUGGUCAGGGUGACGGAUUUGACAUAGACUUAAUCAAGUUGGUAUCUAAUGCCGUCAUGAUUCCUGUAAUUGCGAGCAGUGGAGCAGGUGCCGUCGAGCACUUCUCUGAAGUCUUUGAAAAGACAAAUGCAUCAGCUGCACUUGCAGCUGGAAUUUUCCACAGGAAGGAGGUUCCGAUAUUGUCAGUCAAACAACACCUGUUGCAGAAUGGCAUAGAAGUUAGAGCAUGUGAUGGGCAUUAAGGAUGGAAGUGCCAUGAAUCAGCUUAGUAUUUUUAGAAUCUACCUGGUCUUGCAA